AUGUCUGACAUUAAUGAUGACGCACAUAAUCUUAUUAAAUCUACAUCUAUCGUACUAAAGAGGAAGCUCCUUUCGAUCCUAGAAUGGUUCGGACGUCUUGGAAAGCAAUGGUGGCAACUCAAAAAACAAUGGUGUCUAUAUGUAUGGUUUCGUUUAGUACGAAUUUUCAAGAUGCAAUUCUUACGCAAGAAUAAUGAAUCGAUUCAGAAGCUUGUAAAGGAUGUUUGCUGUCAAACUGAUUCGUGUGAUGAAAUACAGGAAACCGAACCCGUAGAUGCUUUGAACCAGCUGAAUAUAUGCGAUGCUGUUACACACUUUGGUUGUAAUGAUUUAUUAGAUCAGAAAUGUUUAACAGAUAUUAGUUCCGCUAUCGCGACUGUGUCUCCCGAAGUAUCAUUCUCAUCUACUGUUGAACAAUUAUCAACUUUACCUGACCAAUCAGCAUUGUCUUCUCAAAGAAAUACACAUUCAUCAGACGAUGAAAAUUGUUAUCCAAUCGGUAUCUCCUUUUCUGGAAAAAAUAAAGAUCAAGUAGAACAGAUUUGCGAAGAAGUCCAGAAAGAAUUGUCUGAAAAAAUAUUCUUUGCUCCAUGGUAUCAACAUAAAGUGGCACAAAUCUAUGGAAAUCCAUUUUUAAGAAAGAUCUACGAGAAAGCUUCAUUCGUUAUUGUCUUUCUUUCACGUGAUUAUGAAUUGUCUGACUUUUGUUUUUACGAAUGGCGAGUUAUCAAACAACGUUUUAUGGUUCGUCCAGCUAAGCAGAAAAAUGAUAGAUUAUUACUCAUUAAAUUAGAGGAUAUCAACAUAGAAACUCUGGAUCUUUUCAAUGAUGAUUUCUACAUUGAUGUUUCAGAAAUGAUUACAGCAAAAGAAGUGGCCGAUUUGAUUAUUAAACGAUGGCGUAUUGUUGAGCAGCUUCCACGCACAUAA